AUGGCCAGUACAAGCUUGACGGCCUCUUACCUGACGCCGGAUCCAAGCUUCAAUUGGUUCUUUCUCCUGGAGCUUAUUGUUUCCUGUAUUCUUGCUGUAUUCUUCCUGUUCUAUUUCAACCGACUGUUCGCGACGCUCCUCUCCUACGCGAUCAGAGCAUACACCUGGCAUUAUUACCGCGUUUACGUCGACAUAAAUUCCUUGCAGGUCUCCCUUCUUGGUGGACGAAUAUUCUUCAAGGGGAUUCGGUACCAUGGUGCGAACGAGACAAUCUUCAUCCACGGAGGGUUCAUAACAUGGCGGUAUUGGAAGCGCAAGGUUGAGCGCACAAACCUUUCGGGCAUACAACAUGAGACUGGUCGACCGGAUACGUCUGGAAAGGGACGCAACGACUCCGUCCAUGGCGAACGCACAGGUGCAACUAGCAGGAACGACAGCGUUGAGGAGCAGGGUGGAGUAGAGAAGACAAUCGAGCUGCCAUGCCGGAUAUCAAUCAAGGCUUACGGCUUGGAAUGGUUUAUCUACAACCGGUCUCCGGCCUAUGAUAGUAUUCUUGCUGGUUUCGGCUACAAGGACGGCAACACUGGGGGCGGCAUAUUCCAGCCGGCCUCCCCGACUGAAGCACAACCAAAUCUCCACCGGACCAAAUCGACGUUCGAUACUCUUUCGGAUCACAGCCCCAGUGAACGGGAAGCUUUCGGAUCGCGAAAUACUGAACUGCGCGAUGCUGAGCUCUCCGAUCCAGUGUCAAGUAUGCUUGAGCUCCUUCCUGUGAAGCUUGACUGCAACAAGGGGGCCAUUGUGAUUGGCAAUGAGAAUACUCGAUCUGUCUUGACGGCGACAUUUGAUCGCGCAGCGGGAACUAUUGCCGCCUGCAAUGCAGGUCCUAUGGACUUGUAUCGACAACUCUUUUCGUUAAAGUUCAAGCAUCCGGUAAUUCAGAUGCGACCAAACCCUGAUUUCAAGCAAAACCAGAUUGCAACUGCGAAAUUGCUGGGCGCAGAGCAAGAGCAUGAAGAUUCAUCCAAGCGAAAAAUGCUCCCUUUGAAGCACAAGGUGCACAAGCGCAAAAUGUGGCACAGUAUUCGCGACCUGGUUCCUUACUUCCAAACAUCUGUGGAGUCAUUUCAGGUCAACGGACAGGCUAGCAGUAUGCCAAGAAGCGAGGCAGAGUUUCCCGAAGUUCGUUGGACUGGCCUGUCUCGAUAUUUGGACGAAGAUCAUGAGGAUGACCAUGAAGAAUGGAACUCAGUUGAAUAUGCUAGGUUCUCCACCAUCCUCGACAGCCCAGCCUUAGAUUUGACAUACUAUUGGGACAUUCCAGGACGGGUAGUCCCGCAGCACCUGGCCUCUGCUCAGUCUACCCGGGAAAAGGGAAACAACAUCAACAAUGCUCUUCCUCCAGAAUGGGGCAUGGAUAUCAAGCUCAACGGGGGAUCCAUCAAUUACGGACCAUGGACUGACAGGGAGCGGGUCGGAUUGCAAAACACCUUCUUCCCCAACUUUUAUCGAAGCUCCGGACCUGCAGAGCAAUUGGCACCAGGUGUUCUCAGACAAAGUACAUCCUUCAAAUUGCGCAUUGAAGUCAACAAAGAGCUCACACUUCGCAUUCCGACUCGGGAGCAGUCUAAGGAUUGGACGUGGAAAGGACGCGCAGAUGCUAUCCGAGGAUCCUGCGGGGCAAGACGGCAAAAGGAAAGGAAAAAUUCACGGGCGAAAGAUGCCGAAAAAGCGCACAUUGGAUCCGAUCUUCGGCCGUUUGGAUGGCUUUCUCUCGCUGUUGGCCCCGACUCCACUAUCAAUUAUGCCAUGGAUAUGGUAGCUUCGAGCUCUGGGUUUCGGAAUGAGCUAUCCCUUGACUUGCGCGAAUCUAGGCUGUCGUCCAGUGUGAAUCACGGUUUACUAUGGCAAUGUCCGCGACAGCUGGUAACCUGUGACUUGUCCAACCCGAUCUGUUGGAACAGUCUCCGAUCAUGGAGCUUUUCCGUUUACAGCCACAGUCUUGAGCUCUUCAUCUUGCGCGACCACAUCUUUCUUCUGACUGAUCUGGUGAGCGAUUGGGCCUCGGGUCCACCAUCCGAGUAUUACACCUUUGUGCCCUUCAUUUACAACAUCGAUCUCUCCUUCUCUAACCUCCAAUUAUUCGUGAAUGUGAACGAUGGAAACAUUAUCAGCAAUCCUUCUGAUCUCGAAGAUAACCGUUUCAUUGUCAUCAAGGGCAAGCAGCUGACAUCGAAUGUGAUGAUCCCAUUGAACAAAUUUCAACCCAACCAGAAUGCAGUGGAGUUCAAGGUCAACUUGGAGGAUGGUGGUGUGGAUUAUCUGACUCCUGCAUGGGACACAUUGCAUACUUUCCUUCCAGGAAAAUCCAUGGCUACUCUCGAAGAGCUUUUCAUCGAUGGAUCAUACAACUACUUCUCUUCCACAGCACCAGACUUGAUCGAUACCCUUGUGCUGAACAUCAAUGGAUCUUCACCUCGGUUGUACCUUUACGGGUUUUUGAUCAAGAGUUUCAUGGCCGUUAAGGAAAACUACUUUGGUGAUGAUAUGCAUUUCAAAACCUUGGAGGAGUACCAGGAGAUGGCCUACGCGGGGGAGCAACCGUCAAACCCCACUGGCAUCAAUCCAAACAGGAAAUCCAAUGACAUGGAUGUCCUAGUCCAUGUCACCGUGGACAACCCGUGCGUUAUGCUCCCUGAGAGCAUUUAUGAUAACAUGAAAUGCUCCAGGCUUUCUGCCACCACAAUCAACAUCGAUCUGCGCUUCACCAAUUACUACAUGGAUAUGCAAUUUUCAGUCAGCCCACUUAAGUUGGACUUGCAAUCAACCCAACCGGAUGGGUCAUCAACCAUCUCUGGCACCCAGUUGUUCAUUGACGGCAUCGACGUUUAUGGACAUCGCCUUUUCGGAUUGCCGCCUUCAGAGCCGACUUACGUUUGUAAUUGGGAUUUCGACGUGGGAAGAAUUUUAGGUGAAUGCACCACAGAGUUUCUGUCAUGUCUGGCAUCCAGUCUGAAGAGCUUCGAUUUCUCGUUUGAUAACGACGAAAAUGCGCUGCCACCACUCUUCCCGCCUGUUCUCUAUGAUGUGACAUUCCUGAGAGCCAAGAUCAGCUACAUUCACAUCUCCGUGAUCCUGGACCAAGUUGCCAUUAUUUUGAGCACUAAACAGUUGUCGACCAACUUCAAUGACUGGGCAAACUCCAAAUUUUCGAAACGCAUGAGCCUGCUGGUGCCCGACAUCUCGAUUGCCGCAGUUGACCGCCAGUCAGUGGCUCAGGCCUUACGAUCUCCUAAAAAGACCGUUGCACCCCUGGGCCUUGUGCGCUUGACCAUAGGUCUGAAGAUGGCUUUGCGUAAGCACGAUAUCGCUGAGCACCGACGCCUCCAGCAGGAGCACAUUAAAGUCCAUGACCAGCGGACACAUCGAUCACAAUGGUUACUUUUUGACUGGGAAGAGGUAGGACCGACAUCAUCCUUGGUGGGCGGUGACAAUGUCGCACCUCCGACGAUGGCGAUACCAUCAAUGCCAGAGCCUAUACAUAGGCGGCUGGGUAACACCCCGUCCUACCGAGGAUUUUCAGGUGCCCAGGCAGCCGGAAGCGCGAAAAGCUUUUUUGUACACUCAGAAACCUCGAGCUUCAAAAGCCACAAAUCGUGCGCCAACGAUAGCGCCCCUCGUCCGUUGUCAAGCUCGGAACAAAAGUCAAGACCUGUUCCGCCAAGACGGGAUACAAGCUGGUCCACCUUAACAGCCAGCCGAUUGAAGGAUAGCGAGAGCUUUGGCCGCUCCAAGGCAGGCCCGUAUUCAUCUGCUGCAAUCAGAGAUUCCAACCCUUGGAUUCUGCCACAAUUCUCAUAUCACAAGCUUUGUCUGGACACGUCUGAGCUUCCGUCGCCACCCAACGACGAUGACACCACUGGAAAAGAUCAUGAUGCCGAAAUCAGCCAGAAGUCAAUAUUCCUGACAUUUGAGGAUGAUCAAACAUCAUACACUAACCUCGCUUUGGAAUUGCCGCUGGGCAUUAAGGGGUUCUGUACCCCAAGGUUCCUUCUCAGCUUGGCUUCUCUGUUGGAGGGGCUUGAGCCGAAGCACCCAGUUCAAAUCAUCGAUUCGUUGCAGAAGGACGUGAUAUCGGAUAUUAUUGGCUAUGACAAGUCCAUGAAUCAGCCCAAGAAGGCCAUGGCCGUUGCGAUUCGCAUCCCAUUCAUCCAGUUGCGGAUGUUUGAUGUCUCUGAGUCGCCAGAAAAUAGGCAGAUUGAGUUUCGAGAUGAAUAUUCCAUUGGAAUUUACCGUCUAUGGGCAGAGUUUCAGAAACGAGUGCAAAGACAAAAAGGAGAUCUACUUGAAGGUCUCAACCAAGGCAUCACGGCUCAUGCCGCGGCCGAUCGCCUGUCGGUCUCCGUCGAGGGUAGCCGGACCGAUGCCUUCCAGGAGAAAGCUGUUUUCAAUUGCGAUCUGCGUGACCUGAACUUUUGGCUAGUCACGGCUUCCAACAUUCGCUCCCAUCUUCAGAUGCGGCAUAUCAGUACUGUGACCUCCGCAAGGUCAGUGGAACGCUUGGCUUUCCUUGUCCGUCGAGCUACCAUGAUGUUUGACUCCGUUGCUUCGGCUUUCCAACAUGUGUCAGCUUUGAGCAGACGGCGCUUGCGAUACCUUAUCUACUUCACCACACAGUCAGCUUCUGACAUUCCUGAUCCAAUUUUCCUGGCGCGCAUCUCCUACGUGCUAAGAGUUGCCUCGGCCCACUUGCGGCAACACGAUUCGUGGAAGAUCAUUUCUCGCAUUCGCCAUAUAUACACGAGCUUGCCAGUCCACCACAAGAGGGAGCUCGAACGAAAAUGCUUGGGCGACAACAUCCCAUUGCCACCUGAUGCUAAGUCAACAGUAUUGACUGGUUUCGAUCAAUGGCGGGCGUGGGAUCUCGCCCACGUCGAAAAGAGCUAUGUUAUGCGCAAAAUUUGGUCAUUCUCCGAGCCUCAGCCCGCAACUCCGGAGCCAUCGGUGUCUCUGUCAUGCACAGUGAAAACAUUCAGGUUCUCUUUGGACCCCGGCCCACGGGAAAGUGACUUCAUAGUCGAGAAUUUGUCGACUGUAACCUCUAUUAUGCCGAACAAGACCUUCCAAGAGGAUGACAAGGAGAAGUGCAAGAAGGUUGUUACGUUGCAAUCCUACUGUGCCUCGGCAGCUCUUCGCUUGCGAUGGGAGAUUUUGGAUCUUGUCGAGGGAGUAACGAAAGUCAUGUCGACCGUCACGCUGAAAUCUUCAUCAGCUGAAGCCGCACCCACCACUGGAGACAAAAAGUCAACGGAAUUGCAGAUCGUGUUCGGCACGGAUUUUGGAUCCAUCACUCUCGAUGCCAUCAAUGUGAAGCUCGCCUUAAUUUCGAGGUCUCUGCGAAGCUCGGUUGUGCACAGCUCUCAUAACACCAAAAAAACAAAUCACGAAAGUCUCGCUCUCUUGUUUAGUGCUGAAGCCUGCUCAUCAGAACUUUUGAGUCAGUCCAGAAGUCUCAUGCUGUCGAGAAUUGCCGAUCCGUACCUUUACUUCUCGCUCGUCUCUGAUGGGGAUGAACUGGAGUGCAAACGUGACUGGAAGGUUGCUGGCUCGUGCCAAAGGCUCCGCUAUGACAUGAAAGAGGACCCUGUUAGCCUGGCACAUACCGCAGAUCGUGUGAUCGAGGACGAAGUCAGAUACAUCCGACAGCUCAUGGACACUGUGAAGAUGCCGAAAUUUGAACCCGUCCAAGCCCCGGUGUCUAAGAAGCCUAUUAGUGACAACAUCAACGUUGCAAUGUUUUUGAACGACUAUCGCCUGAGCUUUAGCCUUCUACCGUCCUUGACCUAUCUCGUUUCUGGCGAGGUAGCCCGGAUGUCGGUCAUGCCUGCUGAAGCAUCCAAGAUUGAGGUUGACUUUGAUCUGAAGAAAAAUUCACACAUGUUCAUAUCUGGCGAGGGCGACAGAUACAAUGCCCUCUCGAUCCUUGAAAUUCCUCCUACGAAUGGCCGGAUCCUUGCGAAUGUCCAGUCUGGCCGCAAAGAGCUUGAAGUCGACAUGACGAUUGAAGUCAUUCGUCUGGAGGCCAGCGCCGUGCGAAGUCUUUUAGCCGUUUUGACAGGACCCGAUGUUUCCCACCUUCUGUCAGAUUUGAAACAAAACGUCGAUGUUCUACAGUCUCACCUGGGCGAUGUGCUCUCGUCGCAGCAGACCAAGGCGGAACCCAAACCGCCCUUGGAUGAUACAGUGAUUCUUUACAAGUCCCGCCUGACAAUGGUUGGAUUCGAGAUUCACGCCGUCGCACCUGGUUUGAACAGCAAGGACUACUCUGCGGAAAUGAUAUUCAGCCUCGGGAUGAUGCAAAUGCGGCUCCAGAAUGGUCUGGAUCGAGGCUAUUCAAUGGACUACCCGGAAUUCAGUAUCGAUGCUUCUCAAAUCAAGUUUGAGUUGCGAAGACAGGAGAGAACAAAGGCCACUUCCUACGGCGGCUUUACUGCAGGUAUCAAACUACUAGGAAACUCGACUGUUCGCGAGAAUGGGGAAGUGAUGCGUGCCUUCCAUUUCACCAGUGACCAAUUCGAUGUUGACCUCUUUGCCGAAACCGCUGCAUUAGUAGUGGACAUUGCUGUCUAUACCCAGGAACGCAUCAAAACAUUGGACUUGUCGCACGAAGUCGAACGUCUCCGGAAACUCCGACGCCGCAAUCACAAUGACACAGUCAUCUCUUCCUCUGACAUCCCUCAAAUUCAUGUGGAGGAUGAUGCGGCAUCGACACAGCCCUUCUUGAAUUCCUUGUACUCUUUGCAGUUCCGAGACAUCCAAAUUGCAUGGAACAUGUCAACACCACUAUCUAGUGGCUCUGGUCGCCAACCUGAGGACCUGGUAUUCUCGAUCCACCAAGUCGAGCUGUCUAAUAAAAAGAAGAACGCGGCAAAACUGCGCAUCGAGGAUAUGAAGCUACAAAUGGUUCCAUUCCGUGCAGACAGGAAGAAACGCUCACUCAACUCUGCUCUCAUGCCCGAACUGGUCUUCAAUGUCGCAUAUUACUCAAGUGGAAAAGAGCUAUGGCUCGCCUUCCAGGCAGCUGGAAAGUCACUGGACAUUCGUGCGACAUCUGAAUUCAUUCUUCCAGCCAACAUGAUUCGGAACUCGAUUGCAUCCGCCACUGAGGCUUUAAGGAAGGGCAAGGCAGCCUGGGCAACGAAGCCAUCGCUCGAUGACACCACCAAGGAUCGUAGUCUCUUUGGCAAAAGACGACUUCGAUCUGUUCUCGUGGACGUUGACUUUGCGGGUGCUACUGUCACGCUCCAAGGAAAGCAACAGCACAAUUCCCAAACUUUACUGACAGCUGGGAUGAAAGGUAACCGGCUUUCGGAAGCGAAGUAUGGUCAAUAUGUACAAGGGGACUCGGCCACUACGGCGACUUUACGCGCACCGGGAGUGGCUCUGAAGGUUCAUUUCGAAGAAAAUGGUAACGAUGACCCGGCUCUCAACGCAGAGCUAAAGGUUGAUCCAUCCACAAACGUCUUAUACCCGACUCUUGUUCCUUUGGUCAAACAAAUGACCGCUACAGUCAAGGAGAUCAUGGGAGAGCAGCAACAGAGCGAGCAACAGAGCCAGCCACCGACUCAGCAGCAAGGGAGAUCUCGACGGCCAUCUACCACGGCAAAGCUACAGUCACAAAUGCUAAUGCAAGAUAAUGCAUUUAGCGCUCCCGAUCCAAAUUCCAUUCUUGGACGCUGCAAGGUGAACCUUGGAUUAUUGUUCUACAAGCAGGAAUUUAGUCUCAGUUGCCAGCCCAUCGCCAGAGUGGCAGCUACGGCAAGAUUCGAGAGUGUGUACGUGACCGUCAAUACAGUGCAGUCAACUGAACAGGGCCGCUUCCUUGCCCUCUCCCUGGCAUUCAACAGCCUGGAGGCCUCAGUCAAGCAUGUGUACUCCAACGAAUCCACAGCAAGCUUCGAAGUCAAGUCUAUGGUCUUGUCGCUGAUGAAUAGCAAGCAUCUUGGUCGAACAAGCGGCAUGUCGGCUAUUCUGCGGGUGAGCCCGAUGAAAGUCUCGUUGAACGCCAAGCAGGUGCAAGAUUCACUGCUAUUCCAGGAGAUCUGGAUUCCAUCCAGCGAUGAGCCGCGCACGAACUCGAAGCCUCAGCCGGAGCAGCCGGACGCACAACAACCCUACAUCGUGCAGCGAUACCACCAGGUUGCUGCUGCCUCGGCGUUCCCUUGGAACACCACCAUCGCCAUUGAGAAGCUAGAGAUUCAGCUUGACUUGGGUUCUACGCUAGGCAAGGCACAAUUUGCCAUCAAUAACCUAUGGAUGUCAUCCAACAAGACAUCGGAUAGUGAGGAAAGCAUGUGUAUCAACUUCGACAGUGUUGGUAUCGAAAGCAAGGGCCGCAUGAGUGGUGUGGUCGAGCUACGGACUCUCAAGGUUCGCACAUCCAUCAAAUGGCCGGAGGAGAUCCGAGAAGUCUGGCACACGCCACUUAUCCAGGCCUCGGUCGCAUUCCAUCAUCUCCAGGCCAAGGUUUCGUUCGACUACCAGCCGUUCUUGGUCGCUCAUAUUGCCAUGUUUGACUUCCUUAUGUACAACGUCCGCGAGGCUUCCGGGAAGGCAAGCGAGCGACUAUUCAGUAUCUUGCAAGGUGACGAAGUCCAGGUUUUCUGUACUUCCUUGACAGCAUCCCAAGCCCUGGCACUCUUCCAAGCUUGGCAACGCCUGGUUCAAGACAAACAAGCAGCGUAUGAGGCGUCACUGCGGGAGGUCGAGCGGUAUCUCCGUCGCAAAUCCACUACUCUCCCAGAUCGGAUCGAGGCCCGUACCAAGAAUCUCGCAAAGAAGGACGAAGAGUCGGAAAGAACUCCUAUCUCACUGCACACGGGUGUGGUCGUGAACAUCCGUCAUGUCAAUCUUGGAGUGUUCCCGAGCUCGUUUUUUGACAAUCAGAUCUUCAAGAUGGAGGCCUACGAUGCCCAGGCAAGAUUUUCCGUCUCGCUCGAAUCGAACAAGAUUCAUAGCGCAUUGGGACUCACUCUGGGUCAACUACGCGUUGCCUUGUCUGGCAUCAAUCGCCUCGCCUCUGCUCAACUUGAAGACCUGUCCGUGGACGAGAUCGCCCAACGAGCAGCCGGCUCCCGCGGCGGUACUAUUCUCAAGGUGCCACGACUCGUGGCAUGCAUGGAAACCUGGCAGGCGCCCGGCACCAAACAGAUCGACUACAUCUUCCGCAGUACCUUCGAAGGCAAAGUGGAUGUGGGUUGGAACUAUUCGCGUAUCAGUUUCAUUCGGGACAUGUGGGAGACGCACUCGCGCGCCCUAGCGUCCCGACUCGGCAAGCCUUUGCCGCCGUCAGCCGUGCGUAUUACUGGCGGUCCCGGCAGCAGCAGCGAGGGCGGUGGCGAGGGCUCUGAACAGCAAGAGAAGAUCACGGCAGUGGUCAACGUGCCGCAAUCGAAAUACACCUACACGGCGCUGGAGCCACCGGUGAUCGAGACGCCACAGCUGCGGGACAUGGGCGAGGCAACACCGCCACUGGAAUGGAUUGGGUUGCAGCGGGAUAAGCUGCCCAAUGUCACGCAUCAGAUCAUUAUUGUGACUCUGUUGGAGAUUGCAAAAGAGGUGGAGGAUGCGUACGGGACGAUCCUGGGAUCGUGA